GUGUCUGGGGAAUGGGGCGGGGUUUUCACAGGUGGCCCUGGCUGGACCUGGAUGGAUGUUGGGACAUCGGGCUCUCAGUCCAUCAGCACAGCUCCAGCCCACUUUCCUGAAAAGGGAAAUUUAAAGCUUCCCAGCUCCUCAGAUCGUGAGUACCCAUUAGUUCUCAGACCUCUGUAAGCCACAGAAACAAAACCUGCUUGUGGGCCAUGGACUAUUCCUUUUUGAAAUUACCAGCUGGGUGGGGAAAAAGAGACCUGGCACCUGCCUGGCCCUAUUUGAACUUUAUAUUACAAGUCAAGGCUCUUUAAGAAAUGGCAGAAUCCAUCCAAAAAUCCUUGAGCUAGCACAUUGCCACCGGAAGCCCUGGGAGCCCUGGGCCUGCAAGAGGCGGGACAAGAAGGCGGGGGCUGGGGAAGGGUUUGGUUAAAAUGGCUCUGCGCUUCUGCCCUCGGCCACUAGGGGGCAGCUGGCACCUUUCCCAGCAUCUUCACCAGGAGGGUGAGUGGGAGGCUGCCUUAGAGCCGAAUCAGCCUACCCACAAUGCCAAGCCUCUCUCCCAACUCUGCCUGGGGUCACUGCCAGGAAUCUGAGGGCAACAGGACGAAUACCUGCCCCAGCUUAACCUGUGAAAGUGGUCCUAGAUUCACUGAUGGGGGCGGGGAGGUUGCAUGCCUCCACCCUUCGAAACAAAUAAUGCAUAAAAUGAUAAUAUGAAUACUGAACACUGACUUGUGUCCGGCACUGUUCUAAGCACUGUACCUACGUCAUCUCUUUUCAUCUACACCAACCUUGGAGAGUAAUUGCUAGUCUCAGCCCCAUUUUACAGAUCGGGAAACUGAAGCUCAGAGAGGUUGCCUGACUCGUCCAGGCCACACAGAUAAUCGGCAUCCAAGGCAGGAUUCCAACUCGGACGGUCUGACUCCAGUGCCUGCCCUCAGCCCCUCCGUGCUUCCUCCUGGACACAGACACAGAUGCUGAAGCUCAGAGAGAUAAAGUGGCAUCUCCAAUGCCGACCAGCUGAGGAGGAAACCAUGGCCCAGAGAGGUUAAGUGAUUCGCCAAAGAUCACACAGCAAAGGAGGACCCUAAAUGCCAUUUCGUGGUCACCUUCUACGUGCCAGGUCCCACACUGAGGACACGAGAUGAGGCCACACUCUCUGACCCUAAGGCGCUCGCUCUUCAGGAGGGGAGGUGGCCGUGGCACAGCUGAACCUGGCAGCAGCCUAUGGCAGGCGUCCUAAGAGGCUAACGAGCCAGUGCCGUAGGAUUGGUUCCUAGAGCAUCAGGCAGCCAGCCCGUGCUGAGAAACAGCAGUGUCUUCUAUAAAGAGCUUCAAGUGGUGUUUUGCACACAAUCCAGGGCUGUCUGGCGCCCCUCCCAUGGCGAUGACCAAGCCGCCCCUCAGAGACCAGCAAGCAAGUGGGGGUCCUGGAGCAGAGGAGCCACAAGGAGUGCUGCUGGGCUUAGCUGGGACAGGAAACCCCCAAACAGGGUUUUGGUUGUAGCUGUCCCUUGCCCUGCACCUGGCCUGAGCCCGCCAAGCAGUCUCCUCACCUGUCCACACCCGGGUCCACCCAGCAGGUCGCCUGGGCAACCCGCCCUGACGUCACUGGCAGCUCUGGCGGCUGGCCAAGGAGCUGAAGCAGCUGGUAGCCGGAUCGCGUUUCCAGGUAAAUCCCCACCCCCACACCCCAACUCCCGGGGCGGGGGCGGGGGGGGUUGGGGUGUGGCAGCAGGGGGAGAAAUAGAGCGGGGCACGGAGAGCGAGGAGCUGCUGGGAAGGGCGCGCGUGGCAGCUUGAAACAGGGCCAACUUCUGUCCUAGAUGAGGCGGCGGGUGCCCUACUUGGGCCGGCGCUGGAGCCCCCACCCUGCGGGCGCGGUGGGGCUGGUGGGGGGGGGGGUGUCACAUGGACACAGCCUGAGCGUGGUGGAAGGAGUUCUGGCUGCUGCUUUACAUUUCUUUAGGCAUCCUGAGAUCUUUCCUGGAAAGCUGGCUCCCCAGCUUGCUGUGUGAUGGACACAUGGCAACUGAGGGAAAUGUCCCUCCCGGGACUCAAUUUCUCCAGCUGUAAAAUGGGGCUGCUAAAUGGGCCACCCGCGGGCAAUAAGGCAGGGCAAAUGAGAACCUAGGAAGUUGCUUAGAAGGUAAAAGGCAACGUGCAAUAUGGUUUGAUGGAUUCAAAGUUUGGACCCCCAGGUGAUACUCUGUUUCCUCAGCCAUUAAGUAGAGGGAGCACCGGUGUGGUGAGGUUCUGUGAGAUGGAACUUACAAAGAGCUCAGCGCUGUACCUGAUUAUAUAGUUAGUGCUCCACAGAUCUCACCUGUGAUGCCAAAAAUCCAUCACUGCCAACAAUACGCCUUGAGGCAAAACACUCCGGAGUGUCACUUCACAUCUCUUGGCCUCAGUUUCCUCUAUAAGUCAGGAGUAUAAUGAUAGUACCUACUAUAUCAGUUUUCUCAUCUGUAAAGUGGGGAUGAUAAUACUUGCCUCACAGAGUUGUGUGUGAGGAUUAGGUAAAGUACUUCAUUACAUUAAGUGUUAGCUUCUUUUAUUACUUUUAAUGUUUUUAACAAACUUCUCAUUGGGUUGGUUCCAAAAUUAAGUGAAACAAUGUAGAUAAUGCACCUAGCUUGUGCUACCAAAUAUGUGCUCAAUAAACGGUCCUGGUGUUCAUCCUAGUUUCCCGACAAGGGGACUACAAGUACCAGCAGACCCUACGCCCCAAGUCGGGGCCCCUACGACCGGAGCCGGCGCGCUGCAUGCCGGGAGUUGCAGUCCACCCAAGGCCGACCCCGCCUCGCCCCAGCUUGGGGGAGGAGGUGGGAGAGCCGCCCUGCCAGCCUUUGAAUUUUGCCGCGAAAAGCGCGCGUGGCGGCCCCCGGCCCCGCCCCCCGCAGGACGCGGCGCCGCGUCACCCUGGUAACCGCCUCUCGGCAGCCGCUGAUAGGACCAGAUCGCAGGGGGCGGGCGGGGGGCGAGACGCGGCGUCCGCUGCCGGCGCUAGCGCCUGUCAGUCGGGCCAGAGCGGAGCAGCGGGCAGGACAGCCGGGCUGGCAGCUCCGCGGAGAGGCUGCGCGUGGCACUCGGGGGAGGCGAAGAGCCGGGCACGCCGCCUGCGGGGCGCGGCGCGCGGCACCCGGGCUCGAGGCGAGGCAAGGCGCCGGCGCGCGCCAGGCGGCGUGAGGCUGAGGCCCUGGGAGCCCCCGUGCGCCGGCCGGGGCCACGGGCGCGUGAGAGCCCGGCGCGCGCCGCCCUUGGUGCCGCUCGAGAGCUCGCGCGCCCGGUGUACCGUCCUCCGGUUCGUCCCCAUAUCCACCCUGCGCCACCUGGACCGGUUAUUUCUCGGCGCCGAGGCCCCCAGGGCUGCACCCGAGCCUGCACCGCCCGCUGCCGCCGCCGCGGCUGCCGCUGCUCUCCGGCUUCCCCUCCCCCCACACCCGGGGCUCGGAGCAGGAGGAGGAGGGGCCGGUGCAGUCUCGCCGCCGCUCUUUGCAACCUGCGGGGGCCGGUGCAUGCCCGGCGAGGAGCGGGGCCGCUGCAGGUGCGUGCACCCUCGAAGAGACGAGCCCCCCCACCCCCUGGCGAACCAGGGGGCUGCAAGCCACUGGCAGGCGGUCGAGCGAGAGGAAGCAACAAAGACAAGCUGCAGCUGGGGCCGGCGAGAGGGGCCGCGGCCGCCGUGCUCCAGGCGCCGGCGGAGAGGGCGCCCCGGGGAGCGGCGCCUGGCCGAGCCGCAGCCCUGAGCGGGACCCCGAGGGGAGGCGCAGCGCCGCCCGCCGGACGCAGUGAGCGCAGGCUCCGGCGAGUAUGCGCCGCCUGAGCGCCCGGGCGGCCCGGGUCCCGGGCUGGCACGACCCCCGCUGAGCCCAGAGCACCCCCACCCCCGACUUCGGACGGCGUGGGCCGGCGCCUGGAUCGACCUCAUCGACAGCGUCCCUUCCCACCUGGAGAGAGGCAUCGGCCCCCAAGGGGGGCUUCCUCAGGCAGCCUCUGCCACCUCUGCAUGGCUGCGACCCGGCGAGCGGAGAGUUGUAGCCGCUGAGACCUGGUGCUCUUCGACGGCCUGGCUGAUUCGGGACCCUGCCGCAGAGUGCGCCCCACCGCGGGCCCCCAGCUCAGCCAUGCUGGCCUGUCUGCAGAGGACCCAGAACGCCCCGGGCCAACACCUGGCCUGCCCGAGCAAGAGCCUGGAGCUGCGCAAGUGCGAGACGGCGGCCAGCUCCAUGCAUUCCUCCCGCUACCCGAGCCCGGCCGAGCUGGAUGCCUAUGCCGAGAAGGUGGCCAACAGCCCGCUCUCCAUCAAGAUCUUCCCCACCAACAUCCGCGUGCCCCAGCACAAGCACCUUGGCCGCACUGUCAACGGCUAUGACACCAGCGGCCAGCGCUACAGCCCCUACCCGCAGCACACGGCCGGCUACCAGGGCCUGCUGGCCAUCGUCAAGGCUGCCGUCUCCUCCUCCAGCGUAGCCGCUCCCACCGGGCCCGCCAAAAGCGUGCUCAAGAGCGCCGAGGGCAAGCGGACCAAGCUGUCGCCAGCCACCGUGCAGGUGGGCAUCGCGCCCUACCCAGCGCCCAGCACUCUGGGGCCCUUGGCCUACCCGAAGCCGCCCGAGGCACCCGCCCCGCCACCUGGCCUGCCCACGGCCGCUGCCACCGCCGCCUCCGUCAUCCCCCUGCCUGGCCGCGGCCUGCCCCUGCCGCCUUCCAACCUGCCCUCCAUCCACAGCAUCCUCUACCAGCUCAACCAGCAGUGCCAGGCCCCGGGCACCGCACCUGCUGCCUGCCAGGCCGUAGCUGUCCCCCACCCCAGCCCGGCCAAGCACGGCCCGGUCCCCAGCUUCCCCAGCAUGGCCUACUCGGCCACCGCCGGCCUGCCCGACUGCCGGAAGGGCACCGAGCUGGGCCAGGGAAGCACUUCAGCCUUGACGUUGGCUGGGGCCACCAAGCCCGCAGGGUUCGCGGACAGUGGCCUGGAUUACCUGCUGUGGCCACAGAAGCCGCCCCCGCCACCACCCCAGCCACUGCGGGCCUACAGCGGCGGUGGUGCAGUGGCCAGCAAGUCCCCCGAGGCCUGUGGGGGGCGGGUGUACGAGCGGGCCAGCGGGUCGCCCCUCAACUGCGGCGUGGGGCUGCCCGCCAGCUUCACCGUGGGCCAGUACUUCGCCGCCCCCUGGAACAGCGUGCUGGUGACCCCCACCAGCGACUGCUACAACCCGGCAGCGGCGGCAGCAGUGGCGGUGACUGAGCUGGGGCCGGGGGCAGCCCGGGAGCUGGCAGGGCCCCCGGCGGAGACCCUCUCGGGCCUGCCCAGCAAGAGCGUGUGCAACACGGCCGUGCUGAGCAGCAGCCUGCAGUCACUGGAGUAUCUCAUCAAUGACAUCCGGCCGCCCUGCAUCAAGGAGCAGAUGCUGGGCAAGGGCUACGAGACAGUGGCUGUGCCCCGGCUGCUCGACCACCAGCACGCCCACAUCCGCCUGCCCGUCUACAGAUAAGGCCUGCCUGGCAGAUGCACAGACAGACGGACAGGGAGCCAAGGGGGGAGGCAGGCCGCAGAACAGGGUGGGUGACACGCAGGGAGGGCCAGCCCCUCCCUGUGUCCGAGUGCCCAUGGAUGCCCACAGGGAAGCCAGGCUGGUUGCUGCCAUGUGGCUGCCAGAAGGGGAGUGACAGGGUGGCCUCACUCACCAGGGCCCCUCUCCCCCAUCCGCUGCCCCAGGAUACGGGGAGGGCCCAAGGCAGCUGCCGACGUCCACGCCUUCCUCCAUCCAAGCUGGCAGAGGCAGGGAGAGAGAAACCACUUAAAAACAGGAAUGGUUCUUUCUGGCUCUCCAGGAGAGGGGCUCGGGCCACAGUGAGAUCCAGGAGGAAGUGUGACGGUCUAGAGUCAGGGUGGGCUAGAGCAGCCCCUGGGGUUAGACAGCUCCUCCCUCCACGAGCUCCCCAGUCUCCCCGAAAAAGAGCAGAGGGGGCUUAUAAGUCACUGGGCCCACAGUGUCCCCCACUGCCCAAUCCAGGUGCAGACCACUCUGAUAGAGGCUCCGGGACUACCGGCCCCCCUGCUCCUUCUCUCCGAGACUCUCCUUCCCCUUCCCCACCAUUCUUUCCCAACACAGAAUCCCAUCUCCAUUCUCCCAACCCUGGACUACCACUUUCCCCCUUCCCUCCCAUACAUCUUACAGGGCUGCUGGACACAGUUGUGCAGGCUGUGGACUGCACAAGGGCAACUCAUCCAAGGAGACACCACUCGCAUCCUAGACUUGUAUAUUUAUUGCAGCAAUUUUCUGAAUCUUGAGGAAGGGGCACCAUGUACCUAUUCGCACAAAGGCACCACAGGGGCUAACCAUGCCAGAGGGACCACCCACUGCUUCCUCCAGGGGUUCUCCUAGGAACCAGCGAGAGGGCAACCUGCUGGUUCUAACUGGGAGAUCCAAUCCAGCUCCCUUCCUGCAAGCCGCCCUCCAAGGCCUGCCCCACACCAUUUGGGGGGUAAGGCAGGCAGGGGUCCCCUCAUUAAAUCCCCAAGGCCCGAUUUCCCCAGGUCCCGGCCCCUCUGGCACUCCGGAAGCGGUACUGUAUCUCUCCAAGGCCUGUUCAAGCACUAAGUGCAUUUACAAAUCUCUGAGAAUGUUUUUUUUUUAUACUAAAAUUGACCAUUAUAUUCUACUGUGAGAAGUGCGGUCUGCACUAUAUUGUUUUAAAAACGAAGAGAAAGAAAAAAAAAGAAAAACACA